GGGAUGCUCCAGGAAGAGGGAGCUCAGAGUGGCGCGCCAGGCGCGGGAUGAUGCCUCCUUGAUACCCGAGUGCGCAGCACAGAGCCGUCACUGAUCCGCGCGCGCACGCGCGCGCACUGCUCCGGGUCCCGAAGUCACCGCCAGUCACAAGCCGUCAUCGUCGUCCCCGCUCUCCGAUCACAAUCUCUAUCGCCAACGUCGUCAUCAUCAGCGCUCGUGCCUCGACUUUUUUCUCGAACCCAGCGCUGAGCCCCCAGUUGGGCGUGAGGCAACGCGCUAGGGUGCAGUUUCAACUGGACGGACAUUCAAACCGAGGGGCUUCUAAGAACGUGGCAUCGGGACGAUCAGGAAGAAGAGUAUCAGGAGGAGGACUAGACACACGGGAAGAGGAUAGGGAACAUCGAGCACAGGAUCAGGAGGAGGUUCGUAAGAAAACAAAAUCAGAAAAUAGGGGAGAUUAGGAGGAGGUUCAGGAAUAAGCUGAGGAGGAGCAUCAGGAUCGGAGUUCAGGUCUCGCUAUCCCGCACCAUGCAUCGACCCGCAGGCGCGCUCACCGCCUUCACCAUCGACUCCCUCAUCGGGGGCGGACAGGGCAGCUGCGGUCAGCUGCUCUACCCGGGCUACCCGGGGCUCUUCCUGCCCCCUUAUGGGCCCCUGGUGAUCCCCAGCCCAGCCGCGCUGCAAGCCGGGCUGCACGGAUUCGCGGGCGCUGCUUUCGGAGCCGCGGGGCUCUGCUCGGCUUUCGCCAGGACCCUGCCGCCCGUGAUCCCCGACACGAGGCACUGCUACGGGAAGGGGAGACCCCCGGGCAGGGAGGAGCGCCUUCGCGACCACUCUCACGACUCCUCGGGGAGCUUCUCCCGAAGCCGGGAGACGGAGCACGAGGAGCACAAGGAGACGGAAGACGCGGGGCGAACGGAGCGUCCGCCCGCGGUGGUUCUUCACUGCGCCAAGCCCUGCAGGUCUCCCACCACGGCGGCGCGGGUCGCGGCCUUCAGUCCCGGGGGGAUCGAGGGCACGCGGGGCGGGCGCGGCGCCUCCUCCUCCUCCUCGUGCUCCGCGCCCGACGACGAAUUCUCGUGCGACAGCGACGCUGACCACUGCAGCUCCGACGAGUUCAGCGGAGACAGCCUGCACUCCCCACGCGCUCUUCCCGCUACUCCCCGCUCCACCAGAGUGUCUCCCCCCCACUCGUCGUCAUCGGCAGCAUCCUUCUCGCCGGGUGACAGAGGUUACGCGGCCGAACACGAUCAGCAUCGCCGCCACGAUGACCAUCACCGCGUUGCUGAAGACCAACUUCAGAAUGACCACAAUAUUCACCACCACCACCAGCAACAGCAUCAUCAUCAGCAUCUUCAGCAGUCUCACCACCACCACUUCGACUUUCACCAGCAGCAGCAUCAGCAGCAAGUGGGCAAGUCCAAUCUCAACCCCCAGCAGCAGCAGCAGCAGCAGAGGAGACGGCGGCGCACAGCGUUCACGAGCGAGCAGCUGCUGGAGCUCGAGAAGGAGUUCUUGAGCAAGAAGUACCUCUCCCUGUCCGAGCGCUCUCAGAUCGCGGCGGCGCUGCGUCUCAGCGAGGUGCAGGUGAAGAUUUGGUUCCAGAACCGACGCGCCAAGUGGAAGCGCGUCAAGGCGGGCAACGGCGCGUCCCGGAGUGGGGAGCCGACGAGAAACCCCAAGAUCGUGGUGCCCAUCCCCAUCCACGUGAACCGUUUCACCGCACGGGGAAUCCAACCGGGGGGACUCGAGGCCGGUGGGCAGAGCCAGCCAGAGCAAGACAAUAUGUAGUCUCCCCCAACCCACAUCGCUCCACUUUGGUUCAACCAGGGCAACAUCCCCAACUCCCGUCUGGACUCUGAGGCUCGGCUCCGGACAGCUCCGGCUGAAAUUGAUCCCUGGGUUAAAGACGCAGCCUCAACUAUUCGUCAUCAAAAUAAUAUAACAGGGCCGAUUCAUUGAUGGAUGAAAGCCACCCCAAAGCCGAUUCCAUCUCCUGUGAUCCCGUGAUGCAACACCUACAACAUGAACGAGCUCUUAUCUUGUAGCUACACUGCUUGGCUGUGUAGUGAUAUGGGCUGUCCCAGCACGUGUCCGCAGCUUCGCUUGUGUGUGGGAACAUAAAUUAAACAUUUAGCUCGUUCUUGUGACACCCUUGCAGUGAUGUCCAGAUGCAAAUCACAGUGAAUGCGCCCGAUCACGUCAGAUCUUAGAAGCUAAGCAGCGUUGAGCCUCCAGGAUAGUGCUGGGACGGGAGACUGUUCGCUAAUGUACACCAGGCAUCGUAGGCUUGAGCUGCGAGGUAAAACCAGGAUAUGGCAGUGCAGCAACGGUUUUCUUGAAUAUGUGGGCACAGCAAUUGAGAGUUACUCCCUCGUAUGGCCGGGUUUUCUUCAGGCAUGCGACAAAAGAAAAUCAGUUAAUUAAUGCAUUGGUUCAAUCAUUACUUGGCCAAACAUCCCAGUGCAGCAGGAGCCUCUUUUUAAAAAAAUGAUCUUGAGACUCGGUGAGCUUUUUUAGGAAAUAUAAAGGGGCAGCAUCAUCAUUGCCGUGUAUAAUUCACGCCUCCGGCAAUCACCUCCGAUGAGCACGGUCGGCUACGUACGGUGCGAAAGAAGUUCACCAUACAUAUAUAGUGACGUCAUUCUAGCGCAUUAGCGGUGCUUAUGAAAGAGAAAACGAGUCAUUCUAAAAUAUAAUAAAGUUAUAUUUUUCUCCCUCAACAACGAAGCUGAAAACUCGUGUGGGACAGCGCGGAACACAGCGCCCGCGUUGCGGGUGUUACAAGAUAACAGCACAGUUGUUGUUGUUGUUGUUACGUGUGGCUCGCGUCUUUGAAUAUAUUUUAAGAGCUGCCCCGAAAAACCCGAGCACGUGUUCGAACCCGCGGCCACGUGCCCAACCCGCGCCCACGUGCUCACGUGCUCACGUGUAAGUCGGUCCCUUUUGAACUUGUCUCACCAUCAUUGGCCUCCCGCGUCCUCUGCGCGUAGCUGAGAAGCACCAACGACUGUUCGCUCAUCACCCGACUUCGACGCGUUGUAAGGAGGGGCAGGCGGCAUGUGUUCAAUGAAUACUCGAGCCUUUGUGUGUCUUUGUGUAUAUAUAUAUAAAACGCAUCAUUAUACGUAUUCGUGUACAAUACAAUUACCGACUGGUAAUGGACAUCGUUAUCCGCUUGGUUAAGCAGAAGUGUGCGCGCAUUGAUUGUUUAGGAACAGUCGAGUAGACUUUGCUUCAUUUGCGUGCCUUAAUACUUACGCGUUCAGCGUAUUCGUACCUGAGCUAUAAUUUCUGCGAUUAAAUUGUACGUGAGCGUUCACACACCCACACGUGAAUAGCGCACAUACACGGAUGCAUUGUUAUGUUUGCAUGUGCGUGCCUGUGUGCGUCUCUGCGACUGUGUGUGUCUGAAUGUACAGGUUUCCCUCGCAUUGUGCGGUAGAUGCGUUCCAAAAAAGGGUUCACAAAGUGAAAUCGCACGAGACAGCUGCCUGCCGAGUAGCGCACACAGUACACACACAGUACACAAACAUUACACACACACAAUGUUCUACCACGUUCGACCGCAUUGCCGCAUGUUAGUGAAUUAAAACCGCAUAGAGCGAAGUUUGGGUUGAAAUAGGUUAACCGCAUACACGCAAAAUCGCACAAACUGAACCCGCACAAAACAAGGGAAACAUGUCCUGGAGCAGAGUCGUAGCGGUCCGCGCGCUGCGCUACGAUGCAGGCGACCCGAGUUCGAUUCCCAGCCACGGACAACGGCAGCGGUAGUUUGUUAUCCGAGCUUGUGCUAGGACCGCCAUAUCGACCAUAGGUCGACAUGGCCACACAUUGCAUUACAUUUGUGUUCAUUCAAGGCCCCAAUGUUCUAUCCCAUUGUAAGCAGGAGUCACUCAUAUGUGACCUGCAUUGCAAACAGCAAAGUUCCGAAUGCAACAAAACACACGAUUCAUUAUCAUGAACGCAAAAAAAGCUUCUGGUGCAAUAUACAAACCAAACAUCAAGACUAGGGAGACAAAGGCGGCCGGGCGCGGGUCUGACCACACCACCAUAUCGUGCGUCGUUACGGCCUUAAUAGGUGCUCGCUAACAGCAUUUGCCCCCCCCCCCACCAGCCAGGUC